AUGGAUCCUGCGUCGGCUCUAGCUGGUUGCAAGAGUCAGGCCUCCGGGUCUGACACGGGACAUCCCUCGGAUGACCCAAUUCGGGUAUCCAGAGAUAGCGUGGAAUCAGCGCAGCACACAAUGACCACAUCGACGUCGAUCAACAUGCGAGAUGAACGCACCGAGAACACACCCCUGGGGAUCUGGGCUCUACUCAAGUUCGCUACGCUGCUGAGCGUGACAGCAUGCUUCUUGCUGAGGGUGGUGUUAAAGGCUGCGGAUUCUGUGGUUAUGCUGAUAACAGGGCCCCCGGAUGUGGUGCCGAGACCCACCCCUCCCCCUCCCUCCCCUCCCUCCCCUCCCCCUCAGGUACCGCACUAG